AUGAAAUCUAUUGCGAUGUAUGAUUUUUUGGAUGAUGCAACCAUUCAUGGGUGUAACAGAAUUAAAAAGGAGGACAAAUUCAGGAGGGGGCUGUGGACCUUGCUUGUGAUUUCCUCCUUUUGUGUGUGGUUAGGGUUACUUCUCGUUGGUUUGAAGUCAGUUUAUUCGUAUGAAGUUAAAACAGUAAAUAAAUACGAAACGAAACCAUAUAUAAAAUUUCCAACUAUAACCAUCUGUACUCUUUGUUCAAUAUUCCUAUCAAAUAUAGAUCUCAACCAACAGAUACAAGACUCAUUCCUUGUGAACAGUGAUUGGUUACUACUUAAAGGAAAUAUAAGUGAAAAUUCCACUAUGGAAAGACAAUAUCUUAUUGAUCUUUUGAAAAACUCUUCUAUCAUAAUGGAUGAUGUAUUUUUACAAGUUAGAUGGAACAGUCAAGAUCUAGACAUUGCCCGUUAUUUUAAAAGAGUAGCUGUAAAUAAUAACAUAUGUUUUCAAUUUAAUGGAUUUACAAAUCAUGCAAAUUCUCAGAAAUUUCGCACAGUAUAUGAGGGAAUGGCUGCAGGAUUAGAAAUAAUAGCUGAUUCUCGUCAAAGUAAUUGUCCUGCAGGUUUAUAUGAUACGGGUGGUUUACAGGUUUAUAUAUAUGAAGACGAAGAAUUCUCGGAAUCAUCUUAUAUUUUGUUAUCACCCGGUGUAUCAGCAAAUAUAGCCUUAACUAAAUCAUUGAUAACAUACUUACCAAGACCAUAUAAAGGUAUUGGUGGACGAUAUUGUAAUGGUGAUCCUUCAUACAGCAGAUCAAAAUGCGUUCGACAAUGCAUUGAUAACAUUAUUGAAGUAAAAUGUCCCUGUUUUUUAAAAGUAGACAUACAAGGAACAUGCGAUCCAGAUUUUAGUGAUAGUUUCAAGUGUGUUCAAACCACAUUAAAAUCAUCUUUUCAAAAAGUUGAAAAACGACAACUAUGUACCCAGUGUUCAGACCAGUGUGUUAUUGCACAGUUUAGAACUGAUAUAUCUUAUACCUUGUUUCCUAGUAAUCCCGUUAGUAACCAGUUGUAUCAAAGAGAAUAUAUUGAAAAUUUAUCAUAUGCCAGAGAAAAUCUGCUAAAAUUUAACAUUUAUUUCAAAACAAUGCAUGUAGUUAAUGUACAACAUGAAGCUAAGCAUACCAUUGAAACAACAUUAGGCAUUAGGUAUACAAAUAUUUUCGUUACUACAGGUACUGUCGGUGGUCAAAUUGGAUUCUAUCUUGGUGCCAGUGUAUUAUCAUCAAUAGAAUUACUAGAAGUUAUAUGUCACUAUGGUUGGUCAUUAUUGAAGAAACUGUGGUGUUCUGGGUAUCAAUCAAAAACUAAAGUUCAACCUUUUGUACAAUGA